AUGAGUACAGCCAAGGAAAAUUGUCCACCAUCUCCAGGUAAAGUCAGAAGAUGCAAUGCAGCUUUUGGAGAAGAACUUUUUUCGCAAUAUAACCAAAAUACCUGCGAAUGCAUUAAUUUAAAAAUGCAGUUAAAAAAAUUAGAAGAAAAAAUCGUAAAACAAAAUCAGGCAAUUAUGGACGUCUUGGCAUCACAUUCAGUAUUGCUAAAUAAAAUCUAUAAAAAUGAAACGAUGCCCACCGAAGUGUCAACUGUUUUCCCGAUAAAAACGGUGGAAGAAUUAGAGAAACUGAAUAACGGUAUAUCUGAGGAGGAUAUUCCUUUUUAUGUUGCAACUGUUAAAAUGAAGAUAAAAGCUGGCGGUUUAAUUAAAAAUUUCAGCAAACUGAUUUCCGACGACAUUUGUCUGAAGUACAAUUAUAAUGGAACACACGGCAAAUUGCCAUUUUGCCAGUAUUUAAAAAUUAACGGCAUUUUUGAAGAGCAGUUGGUGAUGAAAAUUAUACUUCACUGA